AGCUGGGAAUCUGUUGGGCACAGAGUUGCCACCUUGGCAUCUUGUGGCAGUGUUGAUUACAAAAAAAAAUAUAUAGACAGAGAGAUAAGAAAUCGAUUUCCUGGACUUUGAAAUCCCGUUGUAAUUGGUAUAUUAUUGGAUUAAAACCAUUUUCCGCUUGGCCUACGGUCACAUCAUACCCCCAUUUCAAAGAAAAUAAGCUUAAAAAAGAAAACUUGGAAAAAUAUUUCGAAAAAAAAGAAAAGCUCAGCGAAAAUUGGCGAAAAAUACGAGGCAAUAUCGGAUAUUUCCGAAAUAUAUCUAAGCUCUCGCGCUUCAAGGAAGGGUACCUAAAGGAAAACCAUGAAGAUAAAGACCCGGAGGAGCCUCUCGUUCGCCGGCUGCGGCUUCCUGGGCAUCUACCACGUGGGCGUCGCGGUCUGCUUGCGCCAGCAUGCCCCCCAAUUGCUGCUGGAGCGGAUUGCCGGCGCCUCCGCCGGAGCCCUGGCCGCCUGCUGCCUCAUCUGCGAUCUUCCGCUGGAGGGCAUGGCUGGAGAUUUUUUGCGGGUCGUCCAGGAGACACGUCGCCACUCGCUGGGUGCCUUCAGUCCCUGGUUUAAUCUGCCGGAGUGCCUGCUCGAGGGGAUGCACCGUCGCCUGCCGCCGGAUGCCCAUCAGCGGGUGAAUGGACGGCUUCACAUAUCUCUCACGCGGGUCAGUGAUCGCCAGAAUGUGGUCAUGUCGGAGUUUAGCUCACGCGAGGAGCUGCUCCAGGCCCUGAUGUGCUCCUGCUUCAUCCCCGGACUGUCGGGUUUGAUGCCGCCGCAGAUCCGCGGUGUUCGGUACAUGGACGGCGCCUUGUCCAACAACCUGCCCCUGCUGGACGAGCACACGGUGACCGUGAGUCCCUUUUGCGGCGAGAGCGACAUCUGUCCCCGUGACCAGAGCCCCCAUCUACUCCAGCUGCAUAUCAACUGGGCCAACAACAAGAUCCGUUUGUCCCGGCGGAACCUGCGUCGCAUUGUGGGCAUCCUGCUCCCAGGACGAUCCGAUUUCGUGGCCAAUUUCUGCCAGCAGGGAUACGAUGAUGCCCUCCACUUUCUGCACCGGAAUAGUCUGCUUAAGGAGAGCUACAGGCGGCAGGAUGGCGAUAUGGUCAGCUGGAUCCAUAAGCAGGAGGAGAUCGAGGCGAAGCGGAAGGAGGAACUGAAUCCAGGUGAAGCACCUCAGGCAUUUCGAGAAGAGUCCAAAGAUUCAGAUCGUAAUAAUAAUAACAUUUCGAAGAAGACUCAAAAGCGUCAGAAAAGAAAUCAAAAGAAGGCCAAGUCGCAGGAGGAUCAACAGGUGAAGGAUGUCCGGCAUAGGGAUGAUAAGGCUGAUAAGGAGAAGCACCUCAGGCUGGUGCCAGAGAACCACCACUACUAUGCCAUGUCCCUGCUGAGCUACACCUGGUCCCUGCUUCGUCGGGUGCUCACCGCUCCGCCGUUGGCCAGGCACAUGGUCCAAAUCAUAGCCGGACAUCUUGGCCGGAGUCUCACGCUCUGCGAGCAGCCACACUUUGACCUGCCACCUCUCGCUGAAGCUCCGUCUCCUCCUCCGGCCCCUCCUCCUCCAGCUAGACCCCACCUGACGCCACUGGGGCAUUGAUAACGCCGGUGAUAAGAACAAAGUCAAGGCCAAAGCAAUGUGCGACGCCGCCUGGGGAGAUCAGGUGGCUAAGGAGGAGGAUGGAGGCGGAAAACAAGGAGGGGGAGGAGGAAUAUGAGGUGGGCUUUAUCAGCGAUCGAUCAAUCGAUCACUUCCCAAUUGAGCUCAACUAGCUGCGGAAAUAAAUUUGUAAAAAAUAUAUAUGUGGGUGUUAUUUUAAGUGUUUUUUUUUUAUUAACAACAAUUGACAUGCAUAAAUCAAUUAUACAGUAGAAUAAAUAAUUACACAACA